GACAUGAAGAAGCGUGUUUUUUGUUUUUUUUUUCGCCUGUGCUACAUGUAAGAUGGCUGCUGGUGAGAAUAGUGGCAGGCCUCCGUGUCUCAACUUCGUCGGCGCGGGUCCUCUGGGAAACAGCCAACCCAGCAAUAGCGUUUUCUCGAUGCCGGCAUCUAAUGGCGGAGUGUUGGGUUCGGCUGGCGGGGCGCAGGGAGCUACUCGACGAUCCAACCCUCAGCUGGGCCCUGGCGGUCUAGACGGCAACGGCGUUCUGACCUCCGGAGCUUCACUGACCGCACAGGGCUCUCAUCAGCCGCCGACCUCGGCGAGUGCGGCAGGCUCCGGAGGCAUGGAUACCCCGGCGUCUAACAUGGCAGCUGUCGCGGCGUCGAACGCGACCCCGGCGGCGGCGCCCACCUCCGCUCCGGCUGCCGCGUCCGUGUUAGUGUACCGAGAGCCGGUGUACAACUGGCAGGCGACAAAGAGCACCGUGAAGGAGAGGGUCGCGUUUCUGUUCAACAACGAAGUGCUCAGUGACGUUCACUUCUUGGUGGGCAAAGGAAUGGGGGUUCAGAGGAUACCCGCACACAGGUUUGUUCUGGCCGUUGGAAGCGCCGUUUUUGAUGCUAUGUUCAACGGCGGAAUGGCGACGACGUCAACGGAAAUCGAGCUUCCUGACGUGGAACCAGCCGCCUUUCUGGCACUGUUAAAGUUUCUGUACUCUGAUGAAGUUCAGAUUGGGCCAGAGACCGUGAUGACCACACUAUAUACUGCCAAAAAGUACGCUGUCCCAGCCCUGGAGGCACACUGCGUGGAGUUUCUCAAGAAGAACCUGAGAGCUGACAAUGCUUUUAUGCUUCUCACACAGGCACGCCUGUUUGAUGAGCCUCAGCUUGCCAGCCUCUGUCUAGAAAACAUUGAUAAGAACACGGGGGAUGCUCUCGCUGCCGAAGGCUUCACAGACGUUGACCUCGAUACGCUGGUCGCCGUGUUGGAGAGGGACACUUUGGGUGUGCGGGAGGUACGUUUGUUUGGCGCUGCAGUGCGUUGGGCGGAAGCGGAGGCCCACCGGCAGCAAUUGCAGCCCACCCCGGAGAACAAGCGCAAAGUGCUGGGCAAGGCGCUCACACUUAUCCGCUUCCCUCUCAUGACCAUUGAAGAGUUUGCCGCAGGACCGGCGCAGUCCAGCAUACUGACUGAUCGAGAGGUGGUGAGUCUCUUCCUCCACUUCACAGUGAACCCUAAAGUGAGUUGAGAAUACGUGGGAGAACACCGUAAAUUGUGUUCCAAGCUCGCUCUUGUCUUCAGCUAAUAAUAUGAUGAUCAUGUUUCUAGAUUCUCAGUAAACCGGAGGAUAUUUGUGGUUGGCUUCGGCCUUUACGGCUCGAUACACGGGCCGACGGACUACCAAGUCAACAUUCAGAUUAUUCACACGGACAGUAACACUGUGCUGGGCCAGAAUGAAACGGGCUUCAGUUGCGACGGCUCAGCCAACACCUUCCGAGUCAUGUUCAAAGAACCAGUGGAGAUUCUCCCCAAUGUUAACUACACCGCCUGUGCUACACUCAAGGGCCCAGACUCUCAUUACGGGACUAAGGGAAUGCGAAAGAUCACACACGAGUCAUCAACAACCGGCACCAAGACCUGCUUCACCUUCUGCUACGCGGCGGGUAACAAUAACGGCACUUCGGUCGAGGAUGGACAGAUUCCCGAGGUCAUCUUCUACACAUAGUCACCUCUGACAUUUGCGGAGAUGUUCCAUCAAAUGUGACAGCCGAGGAAGGCAGCUCCCUUGGGGGGGCUGUGUGUCAGGGUGGGGGCGGGAGAGGUCUACAUCUAGGGGCUCAUCUGUCAUAAUUCUGUUCCCUCCAUACGGUGCACUUCGGUUGGUCGCAUUGGAAGACAAAUAGCCAUGAGGCAAUAGGUCACAAUAUUGUGUGUAGUAUGUCUCUCUCUUAUUCCAUCUUUCCGAAACUGAUGUGACUGUUCAUGACUCCACAGCGCAACAAAAAGCAAAGGAAAGGGUGUACCUGCUGAAAUUAUGAGCAGCAAGAAUAUCUCCGCUGUGGUUUGCCAACCAAGAGCUUGACACCGAAUGUCACCCUAAGCUAGUCAGACCAGCAUUUUCACAACUACCAAGUCAGCGGGUAGCUGUCAGUUCCGCCCAUCUGCGGAUUUCAAAGGCGUUAUUCAAAGCAAAAACUUCUUGACCUUUACAGUACCGUUCGAUAAGCCAACUCGUGAGUUACUGCAGUAAAAACGGUUUGAUCUUGUAUCUAUCUGCCGAUAUCCAAAAGCUCUCGCACUUUCUUGGCCUUUGCAUAGUUGGUUGGUUGAUCAUUUUUUCAAAUACCUUUGUCUUUUUUUUUUUUUCCUUUUUAAUUUUGUUGUAAAUAUAUGGGCCCGGGUCGUGGAAUCGUUUCACAAACCCCGGCUGCCACAAAGUUGCUCUGUGUAAAGUCAAUCAACGAGACUGAGUCCCCCGGCAGACAUCAGCGCAACGAAAAUAUUUAAGAUUCCAACUGCUUUGGUCAAACUGAAGGCUUUCGGAAAUGGAAUCCCUGCAUCACAUCAAUUGAAUCGAAAUGAGGCAUGGUCGACAAUAGACUGUGAAAGUAGAUUCAUUGGUCAUCACGGAGAAGUAAAUGCAUGCUCCAAAUAGUACGCAAAUGAUCGUUGACGGCUUCGGGAAAUGCAUUACCGGUAAGAAGCGAUAAAGCAAAUAGCCUCUUUCUUGAAUCAGUUCAAUUAUUUGCGCAAAAGGUUCUAAGUUCAGAAUGAAUUACUAUUUCCAGAAGGCAAGUUUUUCUGUAUUGAAUAUAUAAUACUGUAAUAUCGCUUCAAAAGUCUUUGCAAAUGUUUUUUUUUUUUUAAUCAGGCAUUUAUUAACAUUCUCUUCUCUAUAUAUACGUCUUGAAAACACUUGAAUAAAGAGUGC